CCACGACGACCCGUCUGCUCGCCGCUGGUUGUACUCCGUCCAUUUGAAAGAAAAAACAUGAUCCCGCUAGCACGGCGCUCGACGCCGAGGAAGCUCGGGACGGCUUUACUGUCCUGUUCUCGUCAGAGCCUACCUCGGCCAGCUCGUCUCUACUCGACGCCCUCGAGACGGAACCUUGCGCAGGCUCUGGCGACUGCGCCAGCGCCCCGUGUAGAGGACUACGCAGCGCAGAUGUCCAGCCCACAAGCAAGCCAAAAGGUUGCUACUGGCUCCGACAGCGUGCUUUCCGACGGUAUCCAUGAUUUUUUGCAGCGAAGGAUGACCUACACACUGUUACCUCCUCCCGUACCAGGUGACACGUCGUCCCCAGCAAACGAUAUGAUCUUCCCCGGUUCUCCCGUUCAAGAAACUCUCACUAUCAUAGAUGCAUGUUUGCAUGACUGUUACGACAUCCACCGUGCUCAGUACCUUUUUGACAACUUGCGAAACGGCUCUUCGAGCGAAGCUGUCUUGUCACCUCGUCUGUAUAAUCUUUUCCUUGAAGCUUAUCUCGAGAUGGCGCGUACGAGAGAUGUUGAUAAUAGAGAAGAAUGGUUAGAGAAAGCUUGGCUUUUGUAUGACGGCAUGGAAUCGAAUUGGGAGGCUGUAGCACCGAGUCAUGGAACGUAUGCAGUUAUGAUGAAAAUCUGGUUGAGUAAACGAAGAAUGGGCGUUACUUCAAGUCUCUACAACGAAAAAGACCCAUCUUACAUGUUACAAUGUAUGAUGGAGCGCAAAAUCAACGUCGUCAGCGUCGUAGCAGACCGAUCACUCACUCCGGCUGAUGCUUCAGAAAUCAUCCAGGAACUAUGUCGUGAAGCAGCAGAGUUGAACUUACAGCACGUCAUUAAUGAUCUCGGGCAAGCACAAGAAAUCGCGAAUGAUCCGUUAGAGGGUGUCCCGGAGGUGAUGCCUGUAAAAGUUUUGAAGCACGUAAUACCCACCGCGACAGACCUACCAGAAGGUCCAAUAGACCCUUCAACAGAAACCGCCGAAGCAAUCAAGACACAAGAAGAAGUAACACCCUUCAACAUCGCCAACCUCCGAAAACACCUCGCAGAAGUCGCUUACGCCCACCGACUCUUACCCGAUGACACAGCAGCACGUCAAAAACUCCUUGAAGCAUCAGUCUACGACCUCGCUAACGAGCGUCUCAAACACGAAUCAGAAAAACUUGAAGAAGUCGUAGGGAAUGAACAAAAGCUCAUGUCUGCGCAACUCCAGAAAUGGAUGUUUGAUUGGCAUGAGAAGUUGCAGCGACGGUUGACUGCGGAGAUUGAGAUUAUUAUUCGUGAUGAGGCUUCUGUGGGCCCCUCAAGGAAAGAUUCCAACACCAAAAUGCGAAUGGGUCCCUUCCUCUCCCUCCUCAAACCCUCCAAGCUCUCCCUAAUCACAAUCCUCGAACUCAUGCGUCUCCAAGGCACAGGAGGUGUAACAGAAGGUAUGAAAACCGCACGAGCACUCCUUACAGUAGGCAAAGCUAUCGAAAUGGAGUAUAAAGCUCAGAUUCUUAAGAAGAAUAACGUGCAUGUACCUGUUAUGUCUUCGUUUUCGUUGACUGCUGCUGGUGGGGCUGGUGCUGGUGGAGGAGGAGGUGGUGCUGGUGGGGGUGGGAUUGGUGGGGGUGGAGUUGGGAGGAUUAAUGAUUCGGGUUUUUUCACGAGACGUGCGUAUGAGGAGUUGAGAGAGUGGAGGAAGGCUGCGAGUAAGCAUUUUGAGGAUAGUCAGGAAUGGGCGAGUGAUUGGACGCAUGCGAUUAGGGUGAGGGUUGCGAGUUUUUUGGUUGAUUGUUUGAUGGAUGUUGCGACUGUGACGAGGACGGCGGUUAAUAGAAGGACGGGGGAGGAAAUAUUUGAACAACAGCCAGCCUUCUUCCAAUCUUAUGAGUACCUACGCGGUCAUAGGCUCGGUGUGAUUCGACUCAACCCAGUUGUCGCUGAACGGCUCCAGAAGGAUGAUAUCAGGGCGACUUUACAUCCUCGGCAUUUACCUAUGUUGGUCAAGCCUAAGGCGUGGAUCAACCACGAUGAGGGCGGGUACAUCUAUAACAAAAACUCCGUCAUGCGCCUCAAAGACACCCAAGAACAACUAACCUACCUCCGACACGCCGCCCAAGCCGGUCACAUGGAACACGUCUUCGCAAGCCUAGACGUCCUAGGCAGCACACCCUGGGUAAUCAACCGAGAAAUCUUCGACGUAGUCCUACAAGUCUGGAAUUCAGGCGACAGAUUCGUCAAAAUCCCCGAAGCGAAUUACCUAGAGCCCGAACCUGUUAGGCCGGAGAAUUAUGAUACGGAUCAGGCGGCUAAGACGAGGUAUUUGAUGGCUUGGAAACAGUGGCAGACGAAUAAGGCGAAUAGUCAUUCGACGAGGUGUAGUGUGAAUUAUAAGGUUGAGAUUGCUCGUUCUUUCCUUGCUGAUACGAUGUACUUCCCACACAACAUCGACUUCCGUGGUCGAGCCUACCCCAUCCCUCCACACUUAAACCACAUAGGAGACGACCUAAGUCGAGGACUAAUGAAGUUCGCAGAGAAAAAGCCACUCGGUACUUCAGGUCUCCGCUGGUUAAAAAUCCACCUCGCAAACCUCUCAGGGUUCGACAAAGGCAGCUUCGAGGAGCGCGUACAAUUCGUUACGGACCACAUGGCUGAUAUCAUCGAUAGCGCGGAGAGACCACUUGAGGGUAACCAGUGGUGGGUUAAGGCAGAUGAUCCUUGGCAGUGUUUAGCAGCUUGCAAGGAACUGCAUCACGCUCUCGAAUCUAGUGAUCCGGAAGGAUACGAAUCGAAUUUACCUGUUCAUCAGGACGGUACAUGUAACGGCUUGCAACAUUACGCUGCUUUGGGUGGAGAUGCGAUGGGUGCCCGACAGGUGAACUUGGAUAUCACCGAUAAACCUUCUGACGUGUAUACACACGUCGCAGACAUGGUCGAGUUGAAGAUCAAACAGGAUAUCGAGACGGGGAAUAAGUACGCUGAGAUGUUACAGGGGAAGGUCUCACGUAAAGUCGUCAAGCAAACAGUCAUGACUACUGUUUACGGUGUCACCUUCGUCGGCGCUCGCGAGCAGAUCGAAAGACAACUAAAAGACCGCGGUGAUAUCGCUGCACACGAAGUAUGGGGCGCCUCAGCGUACCUAGCAAAAUGCGUCAUCGCCAGUAUCGGCGACCUAUUCUCCGGAGCAAAAGCCAUCCAAACCUGGCUCACAGUCUGCGCUCGACUCAUCGCCAAGUCAAUCCCUAAAGAGCGUAUCGACGCUGCUAUCGAAGAGAACAUCCGACGAGAAAUGAAAGCUGCCGAAAAAGCCGAAAAGGCAUGGAAAGACGUCGACAAAACCAUCACUCGGUUCAAACAAGCACGCGCUCUCCCCUUCUCUCGAUUACCAAAGGAACAAAUGACAAGUGUAGUAUGGACGACUCCACUAGGUCUACCCAUCGUCCAACCUUACAGAAAAACAAAACGUAAACAAGUAAUGACGAGUAUCCAAACAGUCUUCAUCUCCGACCCUAACGCUCCCUCCGAAGUGAACACAUCGAAACAAGCCAGCGCGUUCCCACCCAACUUCAUUCACUCCCUCGACGCAACGCAUAUGAUGCUCACGGCUUUGGAAUGUAACAAGGCUGGAUUAACAUUCGCGAGUGUACAUGAUUCAUAUUGGACACACGCAGGCUCGAUAAAUAAGAUGAACGAGAUUAUUCGAGAGACGUUCAUUGCGUUACACGAGUCGAACGUACUUGAACGUUUGAGACAGGAGUUUUUGGAUAGGUAUAAGGAGUAUCAGAUUCCGUUGAUUUCGUUGAGGAGUCAGUCGAUGCUUGCGAAGGUGAAGUUGAGUAAAGCGGAUUUGGUUGCGUUGGGGAAGGUUGAUGCGAAGGCUGCUGCGAAUGUUGCGAAUGAGGUUGAGGAAGCGGAGUCGGAUGAGGAAGUUGCGAAGGCUAUUGGUGCGCUUCCUGAGGAACCUGAUGCUGUUGAGGACCAUGAACACGCCAUAACUCAUCCAUCCUCAUCCUUAUCUGGAGUAGAGACAACGGAAAAGAAGAAGGGACGAGGAAGGAAAGCGAAAGUACCUACGGAAUCUGCAGAGGUCGCAGCGCAGAAACAACCAGAGUACGAGUCCCGGUUCAUUAACCUUGUCGAUAUCCUUCCAACUCUACCGAAGAAAGGCGAGUUCGACGUACAGAAGAUUAAAGAUAGCAAGUAUUUCUUCUCGUAGAUUUCGCAACUUGUCAAUGACCGGCUGGUUGGAAUUCGGAGCUUUUCUCAUCACCUGCACGUAUCGACGCCCUUCGCUCGACUCGAUCUUGGUCUUGGUCAUUCACCUCGGAUUCGUCAAAUCAAAUAAUCGCACCCAUGUAUUGCUACCCUUCGCUAUUCAAUAUUCUACCCUCAACAUCUCCCUAGUCUCACCGCACAUCACUCUUCUCAGUUCCAUGACAUACCGAUACUCCUAUCCCUAUGUUUAUUACUCUUCACGUAUUACUUUCCUCAUUCACUCCGAUACAUAUUUUCAUUUUCAUUAAAUAGAUAGAAGGCAAGCUAAACGAAAAACAUCCCUUAUUGCACAUCCUGCAUCUCUUGUCUC